GGACUUCCCGAAGGUGUGUGGCACUAUGUCUUUCCCUCGUGCAUGCGAAUACCAGGAUGGGGAAGUGUUGGAAAUGAGGGACCGGUGGAAUUGGUCAGCUUGAUCUGCCAACGAUAUGACGCUGAAGCCUCGUAUACUCGUGAUAUCGAACAUUUGUUCACCGACCCGGCUGUUCUUUUGUGGAAAUUGGCAGAGCGAGAGAGGAACAGGGGGUGACGCGGGUGCCGCUUUUUGCUGAGUGCGAGGUCUUUCGCAGGGCAAAAGUGAAAGGCAAAAGCGCGGGCAGGACACUGAGGGGAUGCGAGACCGUACUGGAGGAUUCAAUCUCAGACGCUCCCUUCGUGAAAAGGCAGGGUUGGGUGAGAUGACGAGGUGAUCUUUCUGCCGCUUUUCACGAACCUCAUGAUUUUGUACUAUCGCCAAGUGCUACUUUCCUCUGGCUGAACGAAUUUGUUUUCGUACACGCUCUCAUUCCUCGCAAGCCAGCGAGAGUGCUGACGAGAUUCGUGAAGCGUCAUCACCGUCACACAUCGCUUGCAGGCGACCGAACACUUGCUUACUGGGGAGGGGAAGAGGUAGACACGGAGCGAGCGAGAAAGACGACGAGUCGGACAGAUUCCUUUCACGAUAGUGUUUAGUGCGGAGGUGGAAGCUUGGGGAUGCAGAAGAAGCAGCGGAGGAUGAUCGGAGGGGCGUCCAAGAUGGAGAGGCAGCAGUUGGGUGGAGGAUUAGGUGGAGGAUUGGGGUGGAACAAAGUGGUGCCCAAUGCGUCGGAGGGCGUUGUGGCGGUGGUGGGCGUAGGGCCUGGCCUCGGGGCCGCCAUUGCCAGGCGGUUUGCUCGCGAACGCUACAUCGUUGCUAUCCUUGCCCGGGAUUUAGACAAGUUGAUGAAGUUGGCAGAAGAAAUUGUGGAGAAGGAGAACGAGGCUCAGGUUUGCGCGAUUCGUAUUGACUGCUCAGAUCCUAAGUCAGUUAAGGAAGCUUUCGAAGCAGUCAACUCAUUGGGCUCUGUGGAGGUCUUGGUUUACAAUCCAAACACCCCUUUCCCAUGGCCACCUCCCAAAUUUACUGACAUCACUGCAGAGUCUUUCGAAAGAUCAGUAAUGGUUCCUUGUCUUGGAGCAUUUCAUUGUGUGCAGCAGGUAAUUAAAGGAAUGGUGGAGAGGGAGAAAGGCACUCUUUUGUUUACAGGGGCAACGGCUUCUAUCCGAGGAGGUGCAGGCUUCUCUGAAAUAGCUUGUGGAAAAUUUGCACUACGAGCACUAGCACAGUCUUUGGCCAGAGAAUAUCAACCUCAAGGUAUUCAUGCUGCACAUAUAAUUGUCGACGGUAAAAUCAGCAGUCCAAGGAACCAAGACAUGCCGGACGCGACUAUGAACCCAGAUGCCAUAGCUGAGGUCUACUGGCAGGUUCAUAAGCAGCACAAAAGUGCCUGGACACAGGAGCUUGACCUACGUCCAUUUUCUGAAAAGUUUUAGUUCCUGAAAUAUAGGAUGUAGAAGUCCUGCAAUCGUUGAAUCAGGAGGUGUCUAAUACUGUCCGGUUCCGGUGUUAGAUCAGGUGCAAAUGGUGCUGUUAAUUUGAUACACUAGGUAGACAUCAGCUUCAAUUAGACUACUCACUGUUAAGGGAGCUUCCUUGGUAUCGCCUUUGUGCAGCUUGUAAUGUACAGUGUUCAACUUUCAAAAUUUAUGGCUGUGUUCUUUUGCACCAAUUUGUCGUGCUCAUCAGCUUUUCGUCA